AUACCGGGAAGACUUAUAUCCAAACACCAAGAACCUCUAAUGCUGAUGCAAGUUCAAUGAGUGAUCAGUCUGCUGCGUUCACACGGAGUGUUUACAAACGGUGACGUCUCAUAUUAUUUAAGUGUGAAGAUGACAGAUUGCCAAGGAGACGGGGAAGCAGCAAAGAGUCCCAUGGAGCUGUAUGAGAAGUUGGCAGAACAAGGAGACAAAGUGAGGACAUUAAAAUCUGCAAAGGCUGAGAAAGCUGAAGUUGACGCCGCAGUCCAGUUGCUGCUAAAGCUGAAAAUGGACUACAAACAGUUGACAGGUCAGGAAUACAAACCUGGCUGUCCACCCUCAGAAAACUCCACAGAGAACGGCCCUGUAGAAGAUGAUUGCGAUGAUGAAGUUAACCCGUGGAAUGUCACUACCAGCAACGCUAAGGGUGUUGAUUACGACAAACUCAUUGUGAGGUUUGGCACUAGUAAAGUUGACCAGGAACUGGUGGACAGAAUAGAGAAAGUGUCAGGACAGAAACCUCACCACUUCCUUCGUCGGGGAAUCUUCUUCUCACACAGAGACAUGCAUCAAGUUCUGGAUGCGUAUGAGAAGAAGAAGUCCUUCUUCCUGUACACUGGCAGAGGCCCGUCGUCGCAGGCCAUGCAUGUUGGUCACCUCAUCCCCUUCAUCUUCACCAAAUGGCUGCAGGAUGUGUUUGACAUCCCCCUGGUGGUCCAGCUGACCGAUGACGAGAAGUACCUGUGGAAGGAUCUGACGCUAGAACAGUGCCACCAGUUUGCUGUGGAGAAUGCCAAGGACAUCAUCGCCUGUGGCUUCGACAUCAACAAGACCUUCAUCUUCUCUGAUCUCGACUAUAUGGGUGCAUCACCUGAAUUCUACAGGAACGUGGUUAAGGUUGAAAAGCAUGUGACAUUUAACCAAGUCAAAGGCAUCUUUGGCUUUACGGACAGUGACUGCAUUGGAAAGAUAAGCUUCCCAGCAAUCCAGGCGGCUCCAUCCUUCUGUAGUUCUUUCCCACAAAUUUUCGGGGACAAAAAGGACAUCCAGUGUCUCAUCCCAUGUGCCAUAGACCAGGACCCCUACUUCAGAAUGACCCGUGACGUCGCUCCGAGGCUCGGCUAUCCCAAACCAGCCCUGUUGCUCUCCACCUUCUUCCCAGCCCUGCAGGGGGCGCAGACAAAGAUGAGCGCCAGCGAUGCCAAUUCCUCCAUCUUUCUCACAGACACGGCCAAGCAGAUCAAAAAUAAGAUCAACAAAUAUGCCUUCUCGGGGGGGAAAGACACAGUGGAGGAACACCGUAAAUAUGGUGGCAAUGUAGAUGUGGAUGUCUCCUUCAUGUACUUGAGCUUCUUUUUGGAAGAUGACGAACAACUGGAGAAGAUCAGACAGGACUACACAAGCGGUGCGCUCCUAACCGGAGAACUGAAGAAGAUUUUGAUAGAAACCCUGCAGCCCCUCAUUGCCAUGCAUCAGGAGCGACGCAAGCAAAUCACGGAUGAGACUGUAAAGCAGUUCAUGACACCUAGGCCUCUGAAUUUUAAACUCUAGCUUGCUUUAAAGAACAAAUAUAAUGGCAAAUCAUAUGACUGGUAGAAGGAACACAACAGUGUGGUGUCUGUGGGUUGGGGAAGCUGUCAUUUACAGGAGGGAAGACAUGUGCCUCUGUGUCAUGUUAAGCAUUGCAAUGACCUCAUGCUGCGUGUCAUGCAUCACCUGACUAUUUCAAACUGGGGAAUAUGGAGUAGGACAGUUGUCACUGCUGUGCAUUUUUCAGAAUCAUAAUAUUUAAGGGACCUUUACCUGUUAUCUUUCUCAAGGCCGCUAAAUCAUGUCAUCAACAAGCAUGCUGUGUCUUAAUGUGUCUUUUUAUAUAUACUUGAAAGCCUCCUGUCCAGAGCUAUAUGCCACAUCCAAGCAUCAGUGUUGACAUUUAGCGACCUUUUAACACCUCACCCCAGAUAAACGGCUAUCAAUGAUUACAAUAAAAAUGGCAGAAUUCCACUUGGCAUGAUAUUGUGUGCUCUGUUAUGGUUUUCUGGAGCAUUUAAGCUACCACAGGUACAAACAUGAAGACUGCUUUGCUUUGGCUACCUUCUGAUCACCAGAUGACUGAUGUCAUAUUGUGUGAUAUUGGUAUCAAGAAUGAAAUAAUGUUCUGGCACAUCAACACUUUAAUGUGAUUGCAUAAUCUUGUUGGCUUUAAUUCAUCAUCAACCAGUAGUCAUACUGUACCAUUAAAAGUGAAUGAUACUACCUAA